AUGGUUGUUGAAAUUAAAUCAGUAGAGGAGUUUGACGAGAAGGUGAUGAAGGGAUCUGGUGUUAUUGUUGUUGACUUCUGGGCUCCCUGGUGUAAACCAUGUGUGCGAUUUGCACCCAAAUUCAAAAAAAUGGAUGAGGAGAUGGUUAGUAUUACCUUUUACAAGCUUGAUGUGGAUGAGCUAUCCGAAGUCAUGGAAAGUCAGGGGAUAAACUGUAUGCCCACAUUCAAGGUCUACAAAAACGGAGGAUGUGUUGGAACUGUUGAGGAAACUGUGAAAAUGGUCGUUGUAAUUGAAUCAGUGGAACAGUUCCAGGAGAAGGUGAUGAACGGGUCUGGUGUUAUUGUGGUUGACUUCUGGGCUCCCUGGUGUGGCCCUUGUGUUCAUUUUGCUCCCAAAUUUGAGAGUUUAGACAAGGAGAUGGCCGAUGUUACCUUUUACAAAGUUGAUGUUGAUAGUCUCUCUGAGGUGUCGGAAGAACAGGGUAUAAACUGUAUGCCCACAUUCAAGGUCUACAAAAAUGGAGAAUGUGUUGGAACUCUAGAGGGUGCAAGUGAGGCUAAACUUAGGGAGCUUCUCAAUAGCCAUAAAUAG